AAAACUAGUGUGUUUUAAUCAACUGUUUGGUGACGUGAUUAUAUUUAAUAUAGUUGUAUCUAAAAAAUAUAACUUUUAAAAUGUUUAACCAUUUACAUUUGUAUGAAAUUCACCGAGGAGGAUGGUCCUCCCCUUCCUCCUCUGAGGAGCAUUCACUGUUUCCAUCAUAUUCAAACUGUUUCCACCAGGGAUGGAAAAGGCUGAAGUUGUGUAACUAUUGACACCACAGGGAGAGGAUGAGAUUAUAUGGAUGACAGCUAAACAAAUCCCCCGGGCAACAACACCACACAGACACACACACACACAUGCAAAUACACCCCGCAACACGGGGUGAUGGGCUACAGCUCACCUUAACCUCUCCAUCUUUGGCUAAAUGAGGGUUGUGUUCAUAAGGCACCAAAUGGAAGAAAACAGAUUGAAACAGGAAGUGAUCGACUAGCUGUUCUUAUCCAAUCACAAACACACAUUUUUGUUUUCAGUUGCAAAAAGUCGCAAUUUUUUUCUGUUGUGUUCCCUAAUGAACAUGACCCAGGUUUGCAUGUUUGCCAGACACAGAGAGAGAGAGAAAAGAGAGUAAGGAGCAAGGGAUUCAGCAAAGGACAAGAUAGCCCUGUCAAUACAGAUCCAUGGAGUGGAGUAGGAGAGCUAUCCCUGUCUCUGGGAUUUUCCUACUCUUUCUGAGGGUCACGGUGCAAAUAGACAACGUGGCAUUGAGAGGAGUGGCUGCUCAGUCAUCACAGUUUUCGGAUCGCAAUGCUCACUAUGCAAUUGAUGGGAACAGCAACACAAACUAUGGAUCCUGCACCCACACUGCACAGGACACCAACCCCUGGUGGAGAGUGGACCUGCUGGAUGUGUACAAAGUGACAGCUGUCAACAUCACCAACAGAGAUGACGUUCCUGAGAGACUUGAUGGUGCUGAGAUCCGUAUCGGUAACUCACUGGAGAACAAUGGCAUCAACAACCCCAGAUGUGAUGUCAUCUCCAACAUCCCAGCAGGAAAGACCUACACCUUCCAGUGUAAUGCGAUGGAGGGUCGCUAUGUUGUUGUGGUCAUCCCUGACAGGUCGGAAUGGCUCACACUUUGUGAGGUGGAAGUAUUUGCCACUGUCAAAACUCCAGAGUCUUCCACAGAAGCCCCCAAGUCAAAGAGAACGGUGGUGAGGAUGAAGAUCCAAUCAGAUGCUGAUCUGAAGAACCAGGCAGUCAGUGACCAGCUCCUACAGCAGCUGCAUGUAGAGCUCGUGAAGCAGGGGGUGUCUGACUUUCAACUGCGCUGGAGGACUCAGCCAGAUGGACAGAUUUUCCACCGUGAGGAAGAAGCGAAGGAGGGUGGACCCACACAGACAGGUGUCUGUGGAACUGAAGGGGGCUAGCCUGGUGAGAGACUCUAAGGAGACGUAAAACUUUAAUUAAACCCAGUCUCAAAUAGCCGCCUGUCCUAUUUAAUAGCUAGGCAACAACACAUUUCAGCAACCAAAUGCCUGUUUCAAAUAAACUCAGGGUCUAAAUCAAAUCAAAUCUAAUGUUAUUUGUCACAUACACAUGGUUAGCAGAUGUUAAUGCGAGUAUAGCGAAAGGCUUGUGCUUCUAGUUCUGACAGUGCAGUAAUAUCUAACAAGAAAUCUAACAAUUCCCCAACAACUACCGAAUACACACAAAUCUAAAGGAGUGAAUGAGAAUAUGUACAGUACAUGUAAGUAUAUGGAUGAGCGAUGGCCGAGCGCCAUAGGCAAGAUGUAAUACAUUAUAUAAAAUACAGUAUAUACAUGUGAUAUGAGUAAUGUAAGACAUGUAAACAUUAUUAAAGUGGCAUUAUUUAGAGUGCAUUGUAUAAAGUGACUAGUGAUAAAUGAAUUGUUUACCAGGUUACCAUUAAUUGUUUACCAGGUUUAAUGUUUGAUUUGUCACAUUUAAAUAAUUCAGUAAUGACUAAAAAAAUAUGUCAAUCUUCAGCCAUUGGCUGCUAACAAUUGAGAACUGCUAUGUAUAAACUGGCAAGCCCAAAAACACUCAACAACUUCGGGAGUACAAACCCCAAGAAAUGGGAAAGAACUGACAAACACAUGUACUCACUGUUUGUUUGUUACCUAUUCAUAGUCACUUUGGGCUUGCCAGUUUAUACCUAGCAGCCCCACCUACAUGUACAGAUUACCUCAACUAGCCUAUACCCCUGCACACUGACUCGGUACCGGUUCCCUGACACCUAAAAGUACUCGUUACAUUUUGAAUGCUUAGCAGGACAGGAAAAUGGUACAAUUCACGCACUUAUCAAGAGAACAUCCCUGGUCAUCUACUGCCUCUAAUCUGGCAGACUCACUAAACACAAAUGCUUUGUUUGUAAAUUAUGUCUGAGUGUUGGAGUGUGCCCCAGGCUAUCUGUACAUAAAAAAAAACGGUGCUAUCUGGUUUGCUUAA